AUGUCGGAAAAGGCGGUCAUCGUCAAUCACGACAGACUCCACGUCGAGGAGGCGACACCGUUGCUCGAGCAGGGGGCCCCCUCAAGGAAGUCGCUACUGCGCCGAUUCAUAUGGGUUCGUUCUCUUCGUCCAGGCGCACUGCAUGAAGCUGAUAAGACUCGCGACAGCUCAGACAGCAAGAGCGCUUCAACAUUCCCUGAUUUCUCGCACCUCGCAGCGCACUGCGCCCACAUUCCGCCUAUCGCGGCGGAAUCGUUCAUCGCUCGGCAGGACGCACUUGCGCAAACACUGCACUCUUUAGGCGCGGCUGCAUACAUCGCAGAACCUGGUGCUAGCGCGGGGUUCUAUGGCAAUCUCUCUGGUUCUCACUGGGGUCUUUCUGAACGCCCGUUGCUCCUGAUCGUCCAACCUCAGGAAGCACAUGAUGGGACUGUUCGCGCCAAUAUAUCUAUCUCAACGCCUGCCUUUGAGAAGACGAGAGCUAAGUUGCUGCCCAUUCCGAGCAAGUCGGGUGUCACGUACACCGCUUGGCCUGAGGAUGUAGACCCGUUUGCGACGGCCCUCGAUCUCCUUCCUGACCUCGACGAUACUAUAAUUUACGUGGACGGCGAUGUCCGCACAUUCAUUGCGGACGGGUUGCAAAGGGCUGCGCCAGACGCUCGGGUCGUCAACGCCCCAAUCGAGGUGAGACGUCUCCGUGAGCGAAAGAGCUCCGAGGAGAUCGACAUAUUGAAGUGCGUCAACGAGGUAACUCUGCUCUCCAUCAGAGCGGCGCGGAAGCACAUGAAAGUUGGCAUAAAGGAGUCAGAGGCCAGGCAGCUGGUAGUUAGGGCACUCACGGCUGCGGGGUUGAAGGACGCCUUCGCCCUUACACUCUUUGGAGAAAAUGCUGCUUUGCCUCAUGGCUCCGGGACCGACGCGACGCUUGGCAAGCAUGAGUUCGUUCUAAUCGACACAGGGGGAUCCCUCCACGGAUACCAUAGCGACGUCACAAGGGCGAGUACUUUGCACAGCUUGGCCGAGAAUAUGCCACAUCUGCUGACAUUGGCUGGGAUACCCUUGAGGUAUCAAGCCUUGUGGCACACCGUUCAUGCGGCUCAGCGUGCCGCCAUCGUGACGGCCAGCAAUGGCACCGUGACAGCUGCGGUGGACGGUGCCGCUCGCAAGAUCAUCAAGGAUGCGGGCUAUGGAGAGUUCUUUACUCAUCGCUUGGGACAUGGAAUCGGUCUUGAAGUUCACGAGUCGCCUUAUCUCCGUGGAGGCUCCGACGACAACAUCUUUACCGGGCACACUUUCUCGGAUGAGCCCGGUAUUUACAUCGAGGGAAAAGUUGGUGUGCGUCUAGAGGAUUGCUUCUAUAUCGACGAGGACGGUAGUGCCAAGUUCCUUACUGCUGGAGUGGGCGGCCCAGCAUCGGGUCCUUGGAGCCCAUGA